AUGGCUACAGAAUACCCCCACCGAAUCGCCCUCCUAGGCCUCGGCACAAUCGGCCUCUCAAUGCUAGCAAUGCACCUCCGGCGCCCCGACACCAGCAUAACAGUCUACGACCCACGCCCCGACUACGAAUCCCAGAUCCGGAGCACUUUACCCUCCCUCCUCGAUUCCCCCCCAUCAACAACCCUAAUCGACGACCUAAUCCGCACAUCCCGCCUAAAACUAGCCACCACCGUUGCCGAAGCCAUCCAAAACGCAACAAUCAUCCAAGAACAGAGCCCGGAAGUCACAGCCUCAAAACAGGCCCUCUGGAAAGAAGUCGCCGGUCUCGCUGGACCAGACACCCACCUGUGGAGUAGCUCAUCUGGAAUCCCCGCGUCGGCGCAGGCAUCCACGUGCGAGGCCGCGGACCGUGUUGCGGAGCGCUUGCUCGUCGCGCAUCCGUUCAACCCGCCGCAUCUGAUGCCGCUUGUUGAGAUCGUGCCUGGGCCUGAGACAAAGGUUGAGAGGGUUGAGUUUGUGAAGGUGUAUUUUGGUGAUAUACCUGGUCCUGCAGCUUCGGGUGAGGAUCAGUCGGCGCAACAUUACCGGCCUAUAACGCUGCAUAAGGAGGUUCCGGGGUUUGUGGGGAAUAGACUUGCUUUUGCGCUGCUGAGGGAGGCGUGCUAUCUUGUUGGGGAGGGGGUUGUCUCGGCGAGGGAUUUGGAUUCUCUUGUUACGGCUAGUUUGGGGCCGCGGUGGGCUGGGAGUGGUGUGUUUGAGAGUUAUCAUGCAGGUGGAGGGGAGGGUGGGAUUGGGGCGUUUUUGCAGAAGCUUGCGCCGACGAUUCAGGAUGUGUGGGGGGAGUUGGGGCAGAUUGAUAUUGAGGGUGAGCAGGCUUGGAGGGACUUGGUUGUUAAGCAGACUGAAGAUGCUUAUGGGCCUUAUACUCCUGAGACGAGGAAGAAGAAAGAGGAGAUGUUGAGGGAUGUUGUAGAGAUGCAGAAGAAGAAAUGGGGGGAGUUGUGA